CCGCUUUUUAGCAUGUGCUGAACCGCUAAUCUUCAGGCUGCAAAUUGUAUAGUGGCUUAGGGGUGUUUAUUUAUCAUUGAUCUGUCCAUAUAAAUAUUAACAUACAAAGAUCCACAGUCUUAGAGUGACGACACCGCAGUAAAAUGUGCAAUUUUCUGUUCGAUAGUUACAUUUACUUCGUGUCAAUAAUUUAGCUUUCGCUGACAUAGCAACUCGUUAAGUGAUUACUUAAUUCACGUAUUUUUGAUUACAAAGAGCAUGUCAGUUGUUGAUGCUUGGGGUCAGUUGGUCAGUUUGAGCGAUUAUGAAAGUCCACCAUUCCAGUGCAUUGAAAACGUGUUCCGUAUCGGAAGGGCUGUCGAUAAUGACAUCAGUUUGUCUGAAAACAAACUUGUGUCUGGUCAUCACUGUUAUUUAAUGAGGGAUGAAGCAUCAGGAGUGGUCACAUUGCAUGAUAGCAGUACAAAUGGCACUUUGUUGAACAUGACAUACAAACUGACAAAAGGAAAGAGUAAAGAAUUGCAGCAUGGUGAUGAAUUUUAUGUAGUAUACAAGAAGGAGAAUGAAGAAUUUAACGUUGGCUUCGUAUACCAGGACUGUGCUGAACUGCGUAAGGCUGAGCUAGAAGAGAGCGGGACGCAGGAGUACUCUGCCCCUGACCUUCUGGACGCCACACUGGAAGACUCAGAUUGCAAUUACAUUAGUCCAGAAAAGUCUACUCUUAAAAGGAAGUCAAGUGUUGAAGGAAUAGUGGAAAAUGGAAAGAAACCUAAACUUCAACUCGAUACAAAAGUUGCAGAAUCUACAACUAAACCUCACACAACUCUUGUAAACGAAAGUAAACCCAGAGGACAAUCUACUGGUACAACACAUAUUGCAUUGUCUUCAUCCACUGCAACCACAGCAGCUAGUUUAGCCACAGCUGCACCAGUACUAGCUGCAUUGGACACAUCUGAAGCUGCAUCAUCUUCUGAAGCUGCUUCAAAAUUAGCAUCCAAAACAGCACAAGAAAUAACUGUAGCUGCUAAGGCAACAACAUCGACAACAGCAACGAGAGCAACUGCUUCUUUAAAGAUUCCAGAGAAAGAUGACAUUGAGGAGAAUCUGCAGUGUACAAUAUGUCAGGAUAUCAUGCAUGAUUGCAUCAGCUUGCAGCCAUGUCUUCACUCUUUCUGUGCGGGCUGCUACUCUGAAUGGAUGUCAAGGUCACAGGAAUGUCCAUCCUGUAGGAAGAAGGUGGAGCGAAUCAACAAGAACCACAUUGUGAAUAAUCUUAUAGAAGCAUACCUGAAGGAACACCCUGCUAAAAGAAGACCCGCUGAAGACAUAGUAGAGCUCAACAAGAAAAACAAGAUAACAAAUGACAUGCUCUACCCUAAGAAUCAAAUAAGAAACAAUGAGGACAGCAGUGACUACAGUGACACUGAUGAUGAUAGUGAUGAUGACAAUUAUGAUGGUCCCGCUGCACCCCAUGGGCUAUUUUUCCAUGCCCCUGUCAUAGCUCCACCUGCGCCUGUACUGUAUGGGUUUGGAACACCGGUCUUUGGAGUAAAUAGAGCAUUCAAGACUGUCUGCAGACAGUGUCCUGAUUACAAAGAUCCAAAUGGAGGAAAUAGUGGGGAUGACAAAAAUGUUUGUGAUAAGACCAGUCUGACUAAUAAAGGGAACCAGAAUGGAGAGGGCAAUCCUGGAAAUGGAACAGAAGGGGGGCCAGCCGCAGGGCCGUCUGAGCCAGCAGGUGAUGGUAAGGCAAUCAAUGCCGAUGUCAAGCAGUGUCCUGACCCCCCAGCUCAUGUGUGCCCUAUCAACCAGAACCACGUGCUGUGCCAGUGCUGCCUGCAACCCAUGCCUGACUUCAGGGUGCACUGGCCCCACCUGGGCGUGGAGAAACGACCACAGCAAUGUGCCAUGUGUUACCGCGCCUACUGCCACGCAUACUGGGGAUGUAGAAAGCAGGACUGCUUGGGAUGCCUUAAUGUGUUCAGAGACAUGAACUUUGGUAGGAAAGCCUUGAAUGGCCUCAUACUGGACAACCAAGUAGAAUCAGAUAUAUUCAGGGACUAUAUAGACUCCAAAGGCCUAUCAGUAAAGGAUGUACUACAGGAGUGUUGUCGGAAACUAGAAGCCGGUGUCUUCACGGUUAUUGCUCAAGGCACCCACCAGUUCAGGACAGAGACUGCAGUGUGCUAUGCCUGCGGUCUAGCCUCAUUCAAACAGCUUGCAUUGCAAUACCGGAAAUCGAUCAAAAAGGAAGAUCUACCUGACUCUGCCAAGAAUCGUGAGGAUUGCUACUGGGGUUACAAGUGUAGGACACAGAGAAACAAGCCUCAACAUGCCAAGAACUUCAACCACAUUUGUGACCAAGUACGACAGUACUGAGCAGAUGACUGCCAGUGACCAUAGAGCUUCACUGAUGGACGUCAAGAUAAAGAUCCCUUUAAGGGACCUUUGAGCUCCAGUAAAGGACAACAAUAAAAAGAUGUGUGGUGUUAUAUUGACUUAUUUUAAAUGUGACUUAUUUAUUGUGAUAGUUUCCAUGGAUCAACACAAAUAUUUUGAGUUAAUUAUUUAUUUUGAAACAUAUUUCACAUUUUAAAUAUAUGAUUAAUGACAACAAUUAAGAUGUUAUGUAUAGUUUGGAUGAAUUAAAAUGUUCAUAGUUCGCAAUUGAUUAAUGACAAUAAAUGCAUUUGAGAAGUC